AUGGACUUCCAGCCAUGGAAAGACUACCUACAGCUGGCCUCAGUGAUCCAGAAGAUGGCAAGACUGGAUAUUUCAGAAUCGCAUCCUGCCACAGAUCACCUGCUCGAUCCUCCCAAGACCCCAAAGGUCAACACUAAGGAUGAAGGUCACAUCCACUCAAAGGUGCAACUUCUCACCUACUCUCAAGCUCAACUGAAGUUCCUAUGCACUGACUCUGAAACUCAGCUGGACUCCUUAGCUCACCAAAAAGCCAAGCCACGGGGGAAAAUGUGCCAUUUUUGCAAACACAAUGGGGAGUCACACAAUGUGUACACUGGUCACAAUCUGAAAGACGAGCAGGGUAGAAUAAUUUGCCCUGUCCUACAAAUGUAUACUUGCACAUUGUGUGGGGCAACUGGAGAAUCGUCGCACACCAAGAAAUACUGCCCGAUGAACAAUAAUAAGAUUCUCUACAAAAAGAGCGGACGCAACUGUGCACUGCGGAAGGUGAAACGUUAA